UGUAAUGUGUAGUAUUGUUGUGUUUAGCAUGAAUGAAGUUGACUCAGAAAGCAUGCUGUCAGUACUUACAAACACGCUGUCUUGUGAAGUCGGAAUUAUAUCUCAAAGAAAAAUGCCAAGAGUUGUGCCUGAUCAAAGAUCAACUUUUGAUAACGAUGAACUAUUUCGAAGACUUAGUCGAGAAUGUGAGGUGAAAUACACAGGAUUUAGAGACCGGCCUUUAGAGGAACGACAAUUAAGAUUUCAAACAGAAUGCCGGGAGGGUCACGCCGAUAUAGCCUUUGUAGCCACUGGUACAAAUUUACAAUUAAAUUUUGAAUCAAAUGCUUGGUCAGACAAAGAGGAAGAUAGGAUACCCACAAGAGAAUAUGUAGAUUUUGAGAGAGAGCCAGGAAAGGUCCAUCUAAAAUCCCAGUUUAUCUUAAAUGGAGUGUGUGUUAUAUGGAGAGGAUGGAUAGACCUUCACAGACUAGACGGAAUAGGCUGUAUAGAAUACGACUCGGAAAGAGCCGAGGUAGAGGACCAGUUGUAUCGGCAGCAAAUAGAACAGUAUAACCAAAGAUUACGAGAGUUUGAGGAACGACAGAGACAGUACCGGGAACAGCAAGAGAGAAGGUCACAUGACGAACAGGAGUUUUAUUGAAAUGCAGAUACAAUAACCUCAGUGUCAAUCUGGAGAAUCUAUUUCCUGAACUCUCAAAUGACCAAAAAAAACCUCUCUUGAUCCAUCUUCUGUGUCUGUCAUUUUCAGGAGGGUUUUUCAUAAAGACCCAGUCUAAGUCAGACACACAGAGAGCUGGUAAAUGAGUAUCCCCUGGGAUCUCUGUAAACCUAGUACCCCACAGUGUGGCCUCUCUCUCAACCUUUCAUGGACUUCUAAGGAACACCUACAUGCUUAGUGCUUUCAAUUCUUCAUUUAUCAUGUAAAGCAAAAAGUUCAAGAUUUUGCUAUUUUAUUAUUUUCUUUUAUAAGAGCAUUAGCAUUUUUAACUGUUUUUGGAGUUGUUGCAUGAUGUUCAUUUUGUUUGUUUGUUUAUUCAUGUAGCAUAAAAACAUACUCAUUAGCCAGUUCUUCAGCAUUCAGACAUAUAAUGCUACAUUGUUUAUUUUUUGAAGUAUUUUGUUGUUGUAGUGAUAUUUGACUCUGGGAGUGACAUUUGUAUAAAUGUAUACCUAUGUAAAUUCUUCACACUAUGUGUUCAUAUUCAUAAGAGGAAAUACUUUGUUAUUCACUGCCAGAGAUGUAUCCUAUAUCAUUAUGUCAUUUGUUGAUUGGUAUUCAAAAGUUUGUGUGAUAUGUAAAGUCACUGUACUUAAGGAGUUAAGUGAUACAUUAUGCUCAAGGGACUCUUUUUAACUAGAGGACAAGUUUUUUUAUGUAUAUAGAAAAGUUGAUGAGUGUUUUGUUAAAAUGUUAUACAUUCUAGUCAUAAAGAUGUAACCAUGAUAAAUUUGUACAGUUUAUUACUGCCCAUGCAGUUAAUGAAAAAAAAGUAUAUUUAUAGUUGAUCUUUUUAAUUUAGUGCACUUUUAAAAGAAUUUCAUUCCUUGGUGUGACCCCAGAUUCUUUUUUCCAGUGAUUAUAAUUUUUCUUGUAAAUAAAUAUCUUAGAAGAUGCAUCUAUUUUUUUUAUUGAAGAUAUAAAAAUUGAGAUUUUUAAAAGUAAAUUUGUUUAUUUUAUCACUUUUUAUAUGUUUAUUUGAUAUGUUUCCAAGAACAGCAACUCUGAUUCAGUCUAAGAAGUUUCCCAAAAAGUUUUGAGUUUUCCUCAAAGCACCCAAUUCCUUUACAUGUGCACUCUUUUGCAUAAAUGCAAAAAAAUCAAUAAAUUUUGCAUCAGAAUUUAGAGUUAUUCCCCUUAAUUUGGCUGCAUGCAGUAUUGUGCACAAUGCAGAAAAUAUUGCAUCUUCAUAUGAAACCUCAAGUUUUUUGAGAAAUAAAUCCCAACUGUUCAAGAAACAUGCAAUGAGUGGUUUAUAUAAAGAAUUUAUGUAUUAAUAAAAAUGUUACAUUU